AUGCCCGCAUACACGCCACCAGCAGAGACAAAUUCUCCACUUUCACCCCUCACUUCCCGUGACCCCACCCCUGUCGACGAUGAGACAGGUCCCACCAAGACACCACUUUAUCAUUGCCUCCAGGCGUAUGUGAGCUCCCCCGGUGCACUGACAGCAGAAGUCUGUGACUCUGUCCCAUUCGCCAAUAAUCCACGUCCUAUGUCCAUCCAAAUGGGGGACAAAGCGGAGUAUUGGGCUGACAAAGAUGGCGACCUACUGGUCUUCAAGUUUCCAGCCAUCCUCAAUGUGAAUGGCAUGUACACUCGCAUCGGUCCUUAUUUUGGGAUGCCAGACUCAGGGCUUGAUGUCGGAGUCAUAAGAAAGGCACGAGCUCACUUUGAACUCCACUUUCUGUCGCCUGAAGAUGAGGAGAGUGAUCAGUACCCAGAGGAGGUGCUCACUAUGUCAGCAAGGUUCUUUGACCUGCUCUCGGCAUUGAUCACGGAUGUAGAGGAUGCACGCAAUGCAGGUGUGCCUGAUUCUGCACGGGCCAUUGUCUCUCCAUUCAUGCGUGCAUACUCCCGCACCGAAGAGGACUUCUAUGUCUUGCUUGUGCAGUCUGACCUGCUAUUUCGUGACUUGCCCUCCGAGCAACAGGCAUCAAGCAUUGUGCCCCGUGUGAAGCGGGAGGACAUUGGAAAGUCUGGGGUGUUGAUUAGCCCCAGCAAAGCAAAGGCUGCAAAGCGGUUGGCAAUGAUGGAACAGGGCCCAUCUGGAAGCGGUGGGAAUGGCAGGAAUGGGGGACAAAGCUCUGGAAAUCCUGGAGCUCCAGAUGUACUGCGUAUUCGCGAUCUCCAUGACCCACUUGCCCGGUAUGCAGGGCUGGGCCCACUGCGGGAGACUAAAGUAGAGGUCCCCGAGGUGCGCAAUGGACAUGGUGUACUCAUCCACCCACGUGACUAUGCUGAGAAGCUCGCUGGAGCCCAUUUUGUUGAAGUUGAGGUGUACAUCAAGUUAUGGAGCAUCCCCGCAAAGUUGAAAAAGGAUGUUAACAUGAGUGACAGGGAUAGGUUUGGUUCCCGCAACUACCAAAUGAUCCUGCGUCGUAUGCAGCUGCUCCCAUGCGAGGCUUACUUGAAGCCAAAGAUAUUGGAUCCCAAAGGUAAAAGGAAAGCAUCAGAGGACGCUGAAGACCAAUCUCCAGCGAAGAAAAAUGCAUUUGAGAAAGAUGCAUUUGUGAUGUUUGACUGA